AUGAUGCGCUCCACCUCGGCCCUCCGUGCCCUCCCCCGCACCGCGCAGCUCGUCAACACCGCCCGCGCCUUCUCGGCGUCGGCGUCCACCUCGUUCGCCUCCCCCUCAGACGCUCCCACCCCUGCCGCAGGCUCAAAGCCUCCUGCCGUCAAGGAGUUCAAGAUCUACCGCUGGAACCCCGACACCCCCACUGAGAAGCCCGAGCUCAAGAGCUACAAGGUCGACCUCAACCAGUGUGGCCCCAUGAUGCUUGACGCUCUGAUCAAGAUCAAGAACGAGAUGGACCCCACCCUCACUUUCCGUCGCUCGUGUCGCGAGGGCAUCUGUGGCUCGUGUGCCAUGAACAUUGACGGUGUCAACACCCUUGCCUGCCUCUGCCGUAUCGAGAAGGACACCGCCAAGACCACCAAGGUCUACCCCCUCCCCCACAUGUAUGUCGUCAAGGACCUCGUUCCCGACCUCACCUUGUUCUACAAGCAGUACAAGUCGAUUGAGCCCUACCUCAAGAACGACAACCCCCCCGAGCGCGAGUUCUACCAGUCGCAGGAGGACCGCAAGAAGCUCGACGGCAUGUACGAGUGCAUUCUCUGCGCGUGCUGCUCCACCUCGUGCCCCUCGUACUGGUGGAACCAGGACCAGUACCUCGGCCCCGCCGUCCUCAUGCAGGCCUACCGCUGGAUCGCCGACUCGCGUGACGGCUACACCGAGGACCGCAAGGACCGUCUCCAGAACAACAUGUCGCUCUACCGUUGCCACACCAUCAUGAACUGCUCGAGGACCUGCCCCAAGGGCCUGAGCCCCGGUAGGGCAAUUGCCGAGCUCAAGCUCGAGAUGGCGACCGGCGUCAAGGCCAAGGCCAUGAACCCCUAG